AUGUCAACCACCGUAGCGACAAACAGCUGGCUCAAGGCCCAGCGCAAAAGCGACCUUGUUGAACUCGCCGACAGCGUCGGUCUGCAAAAAUAUGAUGGUCUCAAGAAGAUGGAACUCGAGAGCGCUCUCGACAGUUUCAUCGCCGAAAAUGCCAGCCGCUUGAGCGUCCGCUCCGACCUUCAGGGCUACUUCAACUCGCGCUCCAAGGCGCUCGGCUCGCCCGUCAAGAGGGCGCGAGAAUCGCUCAAGGAGGAGGGCGACAAGGCACUCAAAGUUGUCAAGCGAAGAGUGACCAAGACCGCCGAGGAGCUGACGUCUACGUCCGAGAGUGACGACCAACCCGCUGCCACGACGUCCGCCGUCAGUCGCACGCCCGCCCGGAGCAUCUCCCAGGUCGCCGCUCGCAUCCCCCUGCCGGCCACGCCCUCGGACGUCGCCAACGCCGUUGACCGCUCCACCAUUGCCAUGCGCAAUCGCGUCUCAUCCCUCUACCAGGAAAGCGGCAUCACCGAGGCCUCGCAGGCGACCCGCGAGACUCUCGGAACCGUCACGAGCGUUCUGUUUUGCGUCUCCGCCUUUGAGCUGUUGUUCAUCCGGCCCGAGAUCCUCUCCGACCGCUAUGCCUUCACCAUCCCCGCCAUCAGCCUCCUCCACACGCCCGACUGCCCCGUCUACCUGCCGGAUAUGUUCUUGCUGCUCACCUCGAGCUUUUGGUCCCCCGCCCUGACCUGGGCCUUCACCAGCGUUGUCCUGCCCAGCUUGUUCGGCUACUUCUUCAACAUUUGCGCCACCAACACCACCGGGCCGCGUACGCGCUCCAAGGCUCGUGCCGGCGAGAGCGUUGUCGACCCCCUGACCUUUAGCAUUGCCAAGGCCAUCAUCGCCUAUGUUGUCUACGGUCAGGGUGUCACCUUCUGUCACCUCCUCGACGGAAAGUCGAUUGAGCGCCUGAAUUCGGCCGUCUACGGAGGCUACAAGGGGGUCCUGGUUGGCGCUGCCGUGACCGGCAUCGUCAGCAUGUACGACGCCGUGCUGAAGAAGUAG